CCUAUAGACUCAUUUGCCUCCUCUCAUUUGGUUUCACAUCUUUACAUCACCACACAAAAACCCAUAACUCAAAAUAUCCUUACCCAUAUUUCUUUCAUCAUAUCCAAAUCCUCAUCACUCAACCAAAGCUCUCCCAAAACAAAACAAAACAAAACAAAAACAGAGAGCUUAGGCGGAGAAGAAGAGGAAGAGGAACAAAUCACCAGCAGCAAUGGCUGUUUCAACAAUCUACUCAACUCAAGCUCUCAAUUCAACUCAUUUCUUUACCUCCUCCUCCUCCUCCAAACAAGUCUUCUUCUACCGUCGCCAAACCAACCGUAGAUUCAACACCAUCAUCACUUGCGCCGCACAACAAACCGUGGUGAUCGGACUCGCUGCCGACUCCGGAUGCGGCAAAAGUACCUUCAUGCGGAGGCUGACCAGUGUCUUCGGUGGAGCCGCCGAGCCACCAAAGGGAGGGAACCCUGACUCCAACACACUCAUCAGUGACAUGACCACUGUGAUCUGCCUCGACGAUUACCAUUCCUUAGACAGAACCGGUCGCAAAGAGAAAGGAGUCACUGCUUUGGACCCACGCGCCAAUGACUUUGAUCUCAUGUAUGAGCAAGUCAAAGCUCUCAAGAGUGGUAUCGCCGUCGAGAAACCCAUUUAUAAUCACGUCACUGGACUUCUUGACGCACCUGAGCUUAUUCAGCCUCCCAAGAUUCUCGUCAUCGAAGGUCUUCACCCAAUGUUUGAUGAGAGGGUAAGAGACUUAUUGGACUUCAGUAUCUACCUAGACAUUAGUAAUGAGGUCAAGUUCGCUUGGAAAAUUCAGAGGGACAUGGCUGAAAGAGGUCACAGCUUAGAGAGCAUCAAAGCGAGUAUCGAAGCACGAAAGCCUGACUUCGAUGCAUUCAUUGACCCACAAAAGCAGUACGCGGAUGCGGUGAUAGAAGUGCUUCCAACACAGCUGAUUCCAGAUGACAAUGAAGGCAAAGUGUUGAGAGUGAGGUUGAUAAUGAAGGAAGGUGUUAAGUACUUUAGCCCGGUCUACCUAUUCGAUGAAGGUUCAACCGUCUCGUGGAUACCUUGCGGCCGCAAACUCACCUGCUCGUACCCUGGUAUCAAGUUCAACUAUGCACCUGAUUCCUACUUCGACCAUGAGGUUUCGGUUGGGAUGGACGGGCAAUUCGAUAGACUGGACGAGCUGAUUUAUGUGGAGAGCCAUCUGAGCAACCUCUCGACCAAAUUCUACGGGGAAGUGACUCAACAAAUGCUGAAACAUGCUGAUUUCCCUGGUAGCAACAAUGGAACUGGACUUUUCCAGACCAUUGUUGGAUUGAAGAUCAGAGAUCUCUAUGAGCAGCUCAUUGCGAACAAAGAAACUGCUCCUGCAGAAGCUGCUAAAGCCUAAAACAAAAAGCAAAUUAUAACCCGUCUAUAAACCCGUUUGCAGUUUCUUCUUUCUUUCUUUUAUGGAUUUUUUUUCAUGGCGAAAAGGACUAUCUUGCUUUGGUUUGUAAUUUAUGUGGAGAUGGUAACAGAAAAUUCUGUAAUGUAGAGAAGUUAAUAGCAAAGCAAUAAAAAUUAAAUUAAUACAA